AUGACGGAAGUAGCCGCUGGCGACAUACCGUUUCAGAACAUCCCACAUGCAGAAAACGUUUCAACGAUGAAAUGUGAUAAAAGUACAAUACCAAAUGCUACUGUUAUCAAACCUUAUUAUUCUACUCACAUGUACCACCUCUUCUUCAUCGAUUCUUCCAAAGUUCCGAAAGGGUGGAUAGAUGGAAAGCCAAGAUUAUUCUUAUCCAAAAAGGCAGAGGAUACUUGCAUAUCCGUACCUGUAUUUCACAAAGCCAAUCAUCGUCGUCUGUAUUUUGGAGAAACUUACAAUACCACCGGUUACUAUUUCUACAACGCCUACGCCUUCACCAGUUACUGCGUUUCUCCGGAAGGUGAUUGCUUGGGUAAAGAAGAGAUCCGAGAAUACGUGGAUCUAAAUGGUAAUUUUUUCUACGACAAGACUGGAAGAAAGGACUUGAGUUACUCUGAAGUUCGACAAACUUUCUACAUUGCCGGCAUAGAUUGA